CUCGUUACCGUGGCAACGACAACAAGAGUGGCUCGCGCCGACUGUAUUAUAAGGACAAAAUGGGGGGAAACGUGUGUUGGACGUGCCAGAGGACGUUCGUUUAAGGCUUGCUUGAGCUGCGGUGGAUGGGCUCUAGUGUUUUCCAUUGUUGAAGUGUAUGAAGAGGCUGCUGAUGCCAGCAGCGUCUUCAGCGGCACUGUGCAAGCCCCCUCCGGGAUCCUCAGGCAAAUCACCUGCUUCUUCGCCCGCGCAUCAAAGGCUACGACUGACAGUCGUCCACAGACUCAUCUUGAGAUUCAACAAGAUUAUAUAAUGCUGCAAAAUUCAAAGGAAAAGGUGCUGCUCACCAAUUUGAUUUUCAUCGUUUUUGUGGAUUCAACAUGCACUUAAAUCUGAGAAGAGUGCUCGUUUUUUGAAAGACAUGACAUUUGGAGUAGACACUGACAUGAUUCAACUGCUAAUGGAUCAUAUAGCUUAAGUUGCCAUGAGCUAAGCCCCACCUCCCACCUCCCUGGGAGUCCCCUUGGCAGGAUGACUGCUGUCUGCCCCUCGGAGAGCAACCCAGAGGGGGCCCAAGCAGGGGCCGGGGCCGCGGGAGCAACGGAGAACAGCUCAGUUUCCGGGGUGGACACCGGGGAGUCCAAUGAAGACUCUGCGGGAGGUUCUGUUGGAGGCACGGCGGUCGUAGCCCACAACCAGAGGUACACGCGCUGCACCACCCAGGACAGCUCCGACAUCAACACAGAUGACGAAGGAGCGACCGUCCGCCGCCUUACCCCGCUGGAGAGACUCAACCUGGAUAUGUGCCAAGAUGAGAGAGUGGUCCGUGAACUUACAGUGGGCAGAAGAAUCAGCUUCUACAAAAUUCGAGGGGAGAUCGGCUGUGGAAAUUUUUCCCAUGUCAAGUUGGGAAUACAUGCACUCACCAAAGACAAAGUGGCCAUCAAGAUCCUUGACAAAACCAAGCUGGAUCAAAAGACCCAGCGUCUGCUGUCCAGAGAAAUCUCCAGCAUGGAGAAACUACAUCACCCUAACAUCAUACGCCUCUAUGAGGUGGUGGAGACGUUGUCACGGUUACACCUAGUGUUGGAGUAUGCCGGUGGAGGGGAGCUCUACAGCAAAAUCACCAUAGAGGGGAAACUUUCUGACGCUGACAGCAAAAUUGUCUUUGCUCAGAUCCUGUCUGCUGUAAAACACAUGCAUGAAAACAACAUAAUUCACCGUGAUCUGAAGGCAGAAAAUGUAUUCUACACCAGCAGUUCUUGCAUUAAAGUGGGUGACUUUGGCUUCAGCACGUUGAGCAGUCGUGACGAAACACUCAACACGUUCUGCGGCUCCCCGCCUUACGCUGCCCCUGAGCUCUUCCGGGAUGAAAACUACGUGGGCGUCUUUGUGGACAUCUGGGCUCUGGGAGUAAUGCUGUUCUUUAUGGUGACAGGCACCAUGCCGUUCAGGGCGGAUACUGUAGCUAAACUGAAGAGAUGCAUCCUAGAAGGUGCCUUCACGCUGCCCUCCUGGAUUCCGGACGCAUGCCAGAACCUGAUCCGGGCGAUCCUCCAACCCUUACCGGUUGACCGCUGCUCCAUAGAACAAAUGACGGCCAGUGACUGGCUGCAUCAUGUUGACUUCCCGCGACCCAUGGAGCCCUUCAAGCUCGAGCCAUCUCACCUGGCCGAGAAUGAUCCAUCUGAGCUGGGGGUCGAGGAGACGGAGGUAGCGACAGCACUAGGGACACUUGGCAUCACCUCAGAACACAUCCUGAACAACCAGGGAAAGGACUGCAGGAGUUCAAUCACAGGAGUGUAUAGAAUCCUCCUGCAUGGCACUCACAAGAGACGCGCUGUAGAGCGCAUACCAACGGUCACGCAGGUACCUGGCCCAAAAGCGACUAAAAAGGAGCGUCUAAAGGUGUACCGCAGUUUACAGCACACAUCUAAACUCUGUGUGAUACUGUGACACAAUGCUCCAGUCGAUGCUAGAUAUAAUUUUAUACAACAGUACUCUAUAUUAGAUAAGACUGAAUUUUGGUAUUAAAAAAGUAACUUAAUGUGCAACAGUAGGUCAAUCCAUUCAAAUCAUGGUAGACUACCCCAUUUAGAAAAUGAAAUCUGGGAUUUCUUAUUUUCAUAUUCAUUUAGUAAGUGAAAUUAGUCUCUGUGAGAAUGUUGUUGAAUUGUCUCAUCUUUUGACAGAGACUUGUCCUAAUCCACGAGAAAAAAAUAUUAAGUGUGGUUUCCUGAAAGACAUUUUGGCUGGAUGAACAUAGCUGACACUUGAAUUUUGGCAUGAUGUAGCACAAAACAUCCUAAAAUAAUAAUAAUGCAUGUACAUACAUGUGUUGUCUUCAGGAUAAGCUUUCCAUUCGCAAUGUCAUAAGAGAUGCUUCGUUGCCAUUUUGCCUGAUGUAUCUCAAUGAGAUGUUCCUCAGGUUCUUGUCCUGUCUGGA